GGCAGGGCCGCGGCCAUUGCGGCCCGGCCGGCUGAGGGAAGGCGCCGCUGCCGCCGCCGCGAUGGUGUCCUGGAUGAUCUCCCGAGCGGUCGUGCUGGUGUUUGGGAUGCUGUAUCCUGCGUAUUACUCGUACAAAGCUGUGAAGACAAAAAACGUGAAGGAAUAUGUUCGCUGGAUGAUGUAUUGGAUUGUGUUUGCUCUUUAUACAGUUACUGAAACGAUAACUGACCUAACAGUCUCUUGGUUUCCACUGUACUAUGAACUGAAGAUAGCUUUUGUUAUCUGGCUCCUUUCCCCAUAUACUAGAGGGGCAAGCUUAAUCUACAGAAAAUUCCUCCACCCACUGCUUUCUUCUAAAGAAAGGGAGAUUGAUGAGUACAUCGUCCAAGCCAAAGAAAGAGGCUAUGAGACCAUGGUGAAUUUUGGAAGGCAAGGGUUGAAUUUGGCAGCAACUGCUGCAGUGACAGCAGCUGUAAAGAGCCAAGGUGCAAUAACUGAGAAACUGAGAAGUUUCAGUAUGCAUGAUUUGACCACUAUACAAGGAGAUGAGCCUGUUGGACAGAGACCUUAUCAGACAUUGCCAGAAGCUAAAAAGAAAACCAGAGCCUCUGCAAGUGAAUCUUCAGGUUACAAAACUCCACUGGAAAAAAAUCCUGGAGAUGACAAAACAGAUGAAGAGAUGGAGGGGACACAUUCAGAGGAUGAAAUGUUUGCUCAGAGAGGUCUUCGAAGAACUCAGAGUAUGAAAUCUGUGAAAACUAUCAAAGGCCGUAAAGAGAUACGAUAUGGAUCACUGAAAUACAGAGUAAAGAAGAGACCUGUUGUAUACUUCUAAGUGUACUGCACAAUGCCUGCAAGAGAAACUGCUGUACUACAAUAACUUGAAUUCAAGUGUUAAAGAUCUGUGUACAAUUCCUAGAAUGAGUCUGUAUGAAUAGAUAUGGUAGGACUUGGUUUUGUGAGCCUAAGUGAUCAGAUAAAGUAUUACUCUGUUUUUCUAUAAUUGCUUAUUGUUUAGAUUUAAAUCUGGAUAAGUUACAGCAUAAAUUUCAUCACUCCUUAAAUGGGAGUUAAAUGAGUAACAGGAAACACUCUUUUGCCAGAGGUAUUGAACAGACUGAAAUAAUUGCAACUCCAAUUGAAUUAGCAGAAGCUGUAAGUAUCUAGAGCUUGUGAAAAUGGAACCAUAGUGUCCCCAAGUUUACAUGGAAAAAUAGAUUUACUUGAAAUAUUUUUCUGAACUACAAUUCCUGAAAAAGGCCUUUGUGUAAUUUUUAAAUGUACAGUUUAAAGGACAGUGGAUGAUGGUGGGAAAGAAGAAGGAAAGAUGAGGUAGGUAGGAUGUAUCCUUAAUGUCAUCAUCUUGCAUCAUAUUGCCAAGCUUAACAAAUUUAUGUAAUACUAAUAGGUGCAAACUGGGAGUACAUAGAGCACUUUAUGCAAAACUGUAUAGUUUUGCACACUUAAUGAUUUACAACUGCACAUGUCAUUUUAGUGACUUAAUAGGUUAGAGUUACAUUUUGAAUGCCAGCAAUUCUUGUAUUUCAUGAUCUUUUUAAAAUUUAUCUUGACUGCUUAUAAGUACACUUAGGAUGCUGUAGAUAUUUGCUACUAACAAUACUAUCAGGUGCCUUUCUAUGUAUUAUAGAGCUGUGUGGGUUUUGUCUCUGUGUGUGUGUGCGCGCGUGUGUUUUUUGGGGGGUUUUUAGCGUUUUUUGUUUGUGAGGUUGUUUCAUGGUGUUUGUGUCUGUCUUCCUCCAUCUAAAGAGAUGUAACAUGAUUUAAGUCAGAUUUUGGUUAAAAUUGUGGUAAGUAAAACCUGUAGCAAUUCCAGUGAUAGGCCUCAGGGAUCUGAUCAGCCUAUGAGCUGUGUGUUAAAGUCAUGCUGCCAUAAAGGCAUGUUGGAUAGGUUAGUGAGGUCCUGGUUUGGUUUUGCUCUACAUUGCUUUAAGAACGAAUCUAUGUGUAUAUAUAUGUACUUUAGAACAUGUAUGAGUGUAUAUUGCAUAUCAUAUGUGGAUUCUAAAAUGGUCUGCGUAGUACUUUCUUUUAUUGCUGAAGUUAUUACUAAAAUAUUUGCAUAUAAAUAGCUUCUUCUGAAAGUCUAGUUCAUGUAGUCAGUCAUUUUAUAACCUAGAGUCCCAUGGCAUAUCUGCGCAGAGAUUAAUUUUGAAAUGUUUUUCAAGGCAGUGGCUUGUCAAAGUUACUUUUUUAGGUCACCUUUGGUACUAUUUUCUGCAGUUCUGAGAAUUAGGCUGAUUAUAUUUCUACUGUGGAUUCAGGAAGAAGCCACCCACUUUUUGCAGAUAGUAUUUUAUUAUUCAUCUUUGGGACAGACUGUGUUACUUCCCUUGAAGAGAAAAUGGCAUCUGUUUCCUCUUAUCCUUGGAUCUCUGACUUCAGUCCUUAGACCUUCCCCCAGGUAUUGAAAGUCAUCUGCAAGUUUACUGCAGAUUUUAAAUGUGUUCCUGAGGCUUGGGCCUGCUGCAUUUCUUUUUCUGUUACAGCACUGGUAGGCACUCGAUGGUCUGCUGGCAUAGACUGGCAUUCAGAGCAGUCUUCUGCACACUCAGGCCAGGGUUUGAAUUCUGUGGGUACGAGUGCAGCUGGUCUGUGUUGGUGUCGUUCCUCCCUGGCUGUGGGAGGUGUCUGCAAGGCCUUGGCAAAGCUGUGCUCAAAUGCAACAGCACUUUCAGCACCUCUGAGGAACCUCAGUGCUUUAGUGAGAAGUCCCAGCAGGCCAUGUGUGAUUAAAAGGCUAAAGCUUGUAAUCCUUUACUCAGAAAGACGGUUGGAUACCGGAAGACAGGAAGGCUGCUCUCUCCCAAAUGAGUACAGUGGGAAAAUCCUGUCCCCUAACCUAAACUGCACCUUGUUAUCCAGCUUUUCAAAGGAGCUGUGGGCAGGGAGUGAUCACAAAGGCAGCCUCCCUGGGGAUGUGGGACUGCUGCCCCAGGAAUGUUUGUGCUUCUCAUCUGUUUCCCUGAGGCUUGUCUGUGUGUUAAGGUAUGGAAGACACUAGGGAACGCAAAGCUCUUCUAUUUGCAUCUCACCCUGCUCUGAAUAGCAGACUAACCUGGGCUUGGGAUGGAAUCUCUAACUCUUUACUGUCCAGUUUAACACUCACUGACACAUUUUGCUGUAACUAAUCGUGCUUGUUUUACCAGCAAGCACGGCAAAAAAAUGAUCCUCUUGCUCCAAACAGAAUCCUGCAUGAAGGAGUAGGGUAAGCCCUUUUCUCAGGAUUAUAGUUCCUGUUACGGGUUCAUGUAGAUCCUGUUGUGGGGGUUGUGUUUUUAACACAUUUCCAAGGCUAGAGAUCAUUGAAGUAUUUUAGGCUCUACCACACUCCUGUCAGGAAGUUGCUCUAUGUGUCUCUAUGUACCUGAGGCUGUAACUUCUGGCAGACUUCACUUGCUAACUCAGUAGUGAUAAAGGCUAAAUAAAUCUUCCUCUUUCUGGACCUUGCAUGGAAUUAAGAAAGCUGGCAGUAUUAUUCAUAUUCACUACUGUUUGCAUAUAAAUGUACUUUUCUCUCAGAUAACUGACAUGAUCAAACCUUCAAUGUUUUCCUAGCUGUUUUCUUCAGUCUAAUAGACAACUAUAAAAAUAUUUUGUUGCCAGCCUGAUUUUGCUCUUUGAAUUCAUCCUCAAACUGAUUCACUGGAUUAUCUUUGGUUUUUUUCUUCUUACUGUUCAUUGUUAGCUGAUGCUUGUCAGGGCACAAUGGCAUGAUUAGCUUUCAUCCCAGUGAUACGUAGUUCUCUCUCCUUGUUACAUUUAGCUUAGUUUGGUUUUGAAACACUACAAUCUUUUAAACUUUGGCUACCGGGAAUUUUCAAACUUCUCUUGCCUUAGCAACUGCAGAAGUCAUCUGUCUAGCUCUUGCCAGGAAACUUCUUGAAAAAAAUGUUAAAAAUCAAUGUUUAACAUUCUUUUUGGAUUUGGAAUGUAAAAUGUAGUUUAUGUCAAAUUAUCUCAUCUUCUGAACAAAGUGUUUCCUGAGAAUUGACUGACUGCCACCAACAGGACUGCUAAUGUAGUUAAACAGGGACUUGGGGGUUAAAAGUGCUUUAAAAGAGAAUAUGUGUUUCUGUUUAAAUCAUAUCAAGGUUUCAAGACUUUCCAAAAUAUAUAUGAACUGACUAAGAUUUCUCAGCAAGAGCCUACUGUGCUUGUUAAAAUACCCAAUUUGAGAUGAGGAUUAAAUUGAUGGCCUCAGCUGCAAAUAAGCUUAGGCUGGACUUUGAUUACAAUGUAAUUGCCAAUAUUGCUAAUUCCUUUGGUGUGUGAAAGUAACCUCAUAAUAUCCAUUUUGCAAACUGUAAUGAAUUUUAAAAUAGAAGAUAACUUGGUAAAACAGAAUGGUGGAGAAAAUGCUGGACACAUUUAAUUGCUGUUCCUGACAAAAAUGUGUUUUAUUUUUGGUGUUGAUUUUAUUAAUGGGAAGUUGGUAUUUUUAACUAUUUUUUCUACAAAAAUGUAUGUGCAAAGGCAAUACUUUAACAUUUUUCAAGAACUUGUAUUUUUAAAUGCUACAAACCAGAGAAUACACAUUUGGACUGAAGGUAGUAGCUUUAAAAAAAAUGUAAUGUAAGCUUUAAUUUUUAUAUUGUAAUAAUAACUUGCUGUCAACUUGUUUACAUAUUUGUAGGAUGGAAAGCUUCAUUAUGUGCAUUGACUUAUCUUGAUGCUAUCUUUAAUAAAUGCUGCUUUGAGCAGAA